ACGGAGUGAUAAAGCUCGUACCGCCUUCCUCUGCAAUAAAGCUUGGCUUGAGAUAUAAUCUUCAAUGUACUGUCACGGGGAAUAUUCAAAAUCGAGCCAUCGUAUUUGAACGCAAUAAUGUGAGGAUUUGUCAAAUUCUUUGGUACAGAUCAGUGAAUGUGUAUUGUAAUACGACUUAUGACGUAAAAAGUGGAUAUGAAUGUCAGUGUCUUGGACUCAAGAACGAUACCUUAGUUAACAGAGUAUUAAUAAAACCAUUCAGUACAGUCGACGCCACAAGGUGGAGCUGUUCCUCUGUUGACAGUGAUGGAGCCUCUGGUACUGUGUAUGUCAGCAACUAUGUCUUCCUCUAUUAUGCUCCUGAUGUGACAGUACGACAUGACUUCAACUCGAGUGAGAAGAGUCUGAAGGUGAUAUGUGAAACACGAGGGCGUCCAGAGACAUACGGCUUCACUCCAUUCAUCCACUCCUGGAAUAAGUACAGAAUCAGAGAGUUACCAGGACAACUCGUAGAAUUUAACCGAAACGUAUUGACGAUUUAUAACGUGACAUAUGCUGAUUCAGGGAGGUACCAGUGUGGUGCCAGUAAUGGCAUUGAUGGGUUGAACAACGUCAAAGUUCAAACUGGUUUUACGUCAGUAGAAUUUGGAGAAAAACCUAUUUUCGAUGCUGAAUCAAAACAGAAUCAGACUGUGUCCGCUGUCCUUGGUAACACUGUUGUUUUGGAGAGAAAGAUAUUCAGCAAUUCCAACAUUACUUUGCACAUGUGGAUAAACGGACGUGAUCAGCACUUAACAGGUCGAGUGUCUACGACAGAAGUGACGUUACAUAUCUAUGGUAUUACAGUGAAAGAUGGCGGGUACUCAAUCACAUUGAAGAUUCCAACAUUAAAUGAAGCUGACCUGGGACUUUAUAAGUUGGAUGUCUGUAACAGAUUUGGGUGCGGCCAUUUUUACACAACUUUAAAAGUAGUUUCAGAACCGGGUUCUACGUCUCACUCAGUACUGGUAGCAGCUGUUUCAGGUGUCACAGUAGUUGUCAUUCUGGUGGUGAUCAUUGUUGUGGUCAUCGUCAUAGUCAGAAAGAGGAGGAAUUCAACAACAAACACACAUUCCAAUGAUGAUAAUCAUGAGUAUAUGAACCAGGACAACAACCAGCAUGGUGAACGCCCGGCUGUGGAAUAUGUGAACACUGUGAACGAUGUGAACAAUGUGUACGAUGUGAACACUGUGAACGAUGUGAACAAUGUCUACGAUGUGAAUACUGUGAACAUUCAGACAGACGAUCCCCAUGUUUAUCAAUCUCUGAACAACUGAUGACUUCUUAAAAUUAUUUAAUUAAUUAAUUAAUUAAUUUUAAGUUAUUUUCUUGCUUAAUACAAAUUAUGGUUCAAGCACACAUUGUAGAUACCUGGGUUGUCUGUCGAAGACAGUAGAUUAGUGGUUGGUUGUUAGUGGUUCUGUGGUGGUACCAGUUUUAUUGUACCGAUGUGAGAUAUGGGGUUAUGAAAACAUUGAUAUGACAAAGACUGCAUAUUAAAUUUGUAUAAUAUCUAUCUCAGAUUACAAAACAUACCACUGUUUUUAUGUUAUAUAGUAAAUUUGGAAGAAAACCUCUUUCCUUGAUUAAGUAUUCUGUUUUGGGGGUCAAAGUACAAAAUUAACAGAUGCUCCAUCCCUCUUGCAUCGCCCGUAGGAGGACUGCCACUCCCAGUACUAGCUUACAAAACCUAAACUUGCAUAAAAUGGAGCUCAAGGAAUAUAUACAGCUAUGAUGGCAUUCACUCAUGAAAUACUGUUAACACAUUAUGAAAUUGAUGUUUAGAUAGCAAAUAUUUGUCGUAGCUUCCUAUUUGCAGAUAUGUGUGGAAACAUUACUUGUAAUAUAAGUUUAGAAUUCAAGUUGGAGAACAUAUCGUGUGAUACAUUUGUGUGGGGUGUGUGUGGGGUGUGUGUGGGUGUAUGUGUAGGUGUAUGUGUGUGAAUGAUUCAGUGAGUGAGUGACAUCAUGUGUGAGUUAGUGAGUGUAAGAGUCAUAUAUUGUUAUAGUUUCUAUUAAACACUUAUAAAUGUAUAUUUUGUACAAAGUAAGAUACAUUUGCAUGACAUAUCGUGUAGCCGAAUAGCAGGUAAUUUUAUACAAUA